AUGCUUUCCACGGGUAUGUUCAUAUCGAGUACUGCAUUUCUGCCGUCUUCCUUCUCUAUGACUAUGAACAUGUAUGCUAUGGCCGCCUUUUUGAACGAAAAGUGGUUCUACGCAAUCUUUUGCACGGCUAUAUCGGCACUUGUUGGUUGGCCUUUCGCUGCCGUUCUUGGACUUCCAAUUGUUGCUGAAAUGCUGAUUAUACGACCAAACUUGAGGAUGUUCUGGUAUUAUGCUGCUGUGUCUGGUAUUCUCGUUUGUGGUUCUCUUCUUAGUGUUGAUUCUUACUACUACGGGAAACAAGUUUUGGCUCCACUCAACAUCGUUCUUUACAAUGUGUUUUCUGAGCACGGUCCAGAUCUUUAUGGUGUUGAGCCUGUUACCUAUUAUCUAAAAAAUCUACUUCUAAACUGGAAUAUAGCAGCGCUGCUAGUUCCUUUUGCGAUUCCGCUAUCGGCACUGAAUUUACAUGUACUCAUGGAUGGCCUGUUCAUCCCUCAUAUUGGCGACACUAUUCAUCUGUUUUCCUCCUAUUCAGCUCGCUAUCGUCAGCCUCACAAAGAGGAGAGAUUCCUUUUCCCAGUGUACCCUUUAAUAGCUCUCUUCGCUGCAAUAGCUUUAGAUUCCGCAGAUCGGUUAGUCUCCCGAUAUUUCCCUUCUCUCUCCGUCCUUUCCUGGUUGGUGGUACUGUGCUUUAUUCUCGCGUCACUGUCGAGGACCUAUGCGCUUCACAGAAAUUUCAGCUCUCACAUCGAGGUUUACAAAAGUCUGAAUGAGCACUUUAUGGACCAUCAACAUCAACUGGACUUUUCCAAACGCGGGGAUCCGCUACGCGUCUGUGUAGGAAAGGAGUGGCACAGAUUCCCCUCAUCAUUUUUCCUUCCUCAAAUGGCUGUUGAUAUGCGUUCGCGGAAACGAGGAGUUCAUCUCCACUUUUUGAAAAGUGAAUUCGCGGGUCUUCUCCCGAAAUAUUAUCCUCAAGGACGAUUGCCGUUCAUCACGCGACGGAUUCCUACUGAAAUGAAUGACAUGAACAAAGAAGAGCCGUCCAGGUACGUCCCGCUGGAUACUUGUGACUAUGUUGUCGACCUGGAGACUCCUGAACACACUACCGUUAAUGAACCCAACUACGGUGCUAUGAGCGACGUCUUCCGACGUUUAUACUCACAUCCUUUCUUAAUAUCAUCGGAGUCGCACUGGUUCUUCCGUGCCUUUUUUAUCCCACGACUUUCUGUUAAAGAAACAACAUUCGCAAAUUACACUCUUUAUCAGCGAAUUCCUCCUACUAAGAGUAUGGGUGAUCAUCCGGAGCAAAAUGUAGAGCCCACGUCGAGCGGAGAUGGCGUUUGUUCUGAGGACGUGCACGCAGAGAAGACUCAGGAAAUUGUUAAAGACGUCAUGCAGAAAGCAGCAUUCCUUGUACGUGCAGCCACUGAUCUUCCAAGACGUGGCGAUGAUUUUGAAUUAUGUAAUUCAUUCAGUGCUUUCACCGCUUUUAUGGAGCAGCAAGAAACAAGAAUACGCUUGCUGGGAAUCGUCAUGGACGAGUUAGAUCGUGGUGGUCGUGAUGACGUUGAAGUGCCAAAGACUAUAAUUGGAGCUGAAUCUACUAAACGGAAAAGUACUAAGCUGAAGCAGAAGCAAGGUUUCAAGAGCGGAUACAUGCUUCUGAUCCACUGGUAC